CUGAAGACUUACGUAAGGAGUGUGCUAGUUUCAUAUUGGUCACACUGCCGGAAACCCAGUGCCGUUGCAUUCGCCCGGAGUAGCGGGAGUUUGGGGACAUGGUGAACUGCCCUCCCUGAGGACCUGUACUGGGGUUGUCCUAUCUGUGUCCCCAGGCUGGACGUCAUAUGAGGAUGCUCCAGACAUAGGUCAUAGGUGAGGAGACCUAGGCACCUAAGCCAGAAACAUUGGGAAACUGAUCCUUGGUUAAAGGAGGAGAAAUAAAAGAGGGGAUUCCAGGGAGUUCUGCUGAGAGAUAGCCAUGUGGAGAAUUACCUCCUCUCUUUUCCCCUACUUUUCCCCUGUCCCUCCUGCUCCUGACCAGUCCCUCCCUUCCCCCCCAAUCACUCCUCCUCCCCUCACCUACUCUGUUGCAACCCAAACAACAAACCAAGCAGCAGUAAUCACAGACAAUUCAAAUGAAGACCAAUCCUCUCCAAGGGAAUUUGUAAAUAUUACACCUCAUAGACCUUUGACUCUACAAGACAUUGAGCGGUUCAAAGAAAAUAUUCCUUCCUUUGAAGAUGAACCCUUUGUAGUCAUAAGAAAUUUUGAAAUCAUUUACAUAUUCUACAAUCCAACCUGGUCAGAGGUAGAAGAUUUAAUGCAUGCUCUGCUAACAGAGGAAGAAAGGAAUAAGGUUCUUUCUCUUGUGAAUGAGGCUCAGGGAUUCAGGGCUGUUCACUGGCCGACAGAAGAUCCUAAAUGGGACCCAAAUUUAGAGGAAGAUUACUUAAGUCUAUGUCAUGCUAGGGAUGCACUACUAGAAGCAAUGAGGGAUUGUUCUUAUAGGCCACAUCUUUGGACUAAGUUUGAAAACAUGAAACAGGAAGAAAACGAAAACCCAAUGGACUUCAUGGAUAGACUUGUCAAACUGGGACGCAGAUCUCUGGGCCUAGAUCUUUCUAGGGAAAAAGAUCUUGGACUCUUAAGGAGGCAAUUUGUAAGAAACUGCUGCACAGUGGUUAAGAACUAUUUUAUGACUGACUGUCCAAAAUGGACUGUUAUGGACAUCAGUGAAUUAAAAAUAGUGGCAGAUUACAUCUUUAAUAGACCUGAAGAUAAAGAGGAAAAAUUGGAUAUAUUAAGGAAGGAAAUACAUACAUUAACUGAAGAACUUAAAAAAGUAAUUGCAAAACAGGGAGAAAUCAUAUCUCUUGUGAAGAAAUCCACAAAGCAACCACUGAUGUGUUAUUUUUGUGGAAAGAAAGGUCAUAUAGCUAUUAAUUGCAGGAAGAGAAAUCCGGAAAAUGGAAAUAGAAGCUUGAGGAACAACAAUAAUAGAUCCUCUUACAGGAUUGGUGAUUGUAAUAGGGGAAAUUAUAACCCACACCAAAGUAUCCAAUAUGGGGUUUGUCCUCACUGUCCUCAUUGUGGCAACCCCCCUCAAAAUGGGGGGACCCCAGAAGGUCCGGGAGGGGAAGGGAUCUGUAAAAAAUAGACUCGAAUACAGGACUACAAUCCCCACGAACCUUUGCUCCACUUCCCCAGAAUGCUUUGUAAUCUCACCUGGGCCGAGAUCGAGAAGGUAUUUAAGCUGAUUCAAAGGCUUUUGAGGGUUUCUUGGCUCUUUUUGGACUUCCGUUUUGAAGCAGGCAGUCUCUUUUUUUUUAAAUAUAUUUUAUUUGAUCAUUUCCAAGCAUUAUUCGUUAAAGACAUAGAUCAUUUUAUUUUCCUCCCCCCCCACCCCCCAUAGCCGACGCGUAAAUCCACUGGGCAUUAGAUGUUUUCUUGAUUUGAACCCAUUGCUUUGUUGAUAAUAUUUGCAUUAGAGUGUUCAUUUAGAGUCUCUCCUCUGUCAUUUCCCCUCAACCUCUGUAUUCAGGCAGUUGCUUUUCCUCGGUGUUUCCACUCCCAUAGUUUAUCCUUUGCUUAUGAAUAGUGUUUUUUUCUCCUGGAUCCCUGCAAAUUGUUCAGGGACAUUACACCGCCAUUAAUGGAGACGUCCAUUACGUUCGAUUAUACCACAGUGUAUUAGUCUCUGUGUACAAUGUUCUCCUGGUUCUGCUCCUCUCGCUCUGCAUCACUUCCUGGAGGUUGUUCCAGUCUCCAUGGAAUUCCUCCACUUUAUUAUUCCUUUUAGCACAAUAGUAUUCCAUUACCAACAUAUACCACAAUUUGCUCAGCCAUUCCCCAAUUGAUGGGCAUCCCCUCGUUUUCCAGUUUUUGGCCACCACAAAGAGCGCAGCUAUGAAUAUUUUUGUACAAGUCUUUUUGUCCAUUAUCUCUUUGGGGUACAGACCCAGCAGUGCUAUGGCUGGAUCAAAGGGUAGACAGUCUUUUAUUGCCCUUUGGACAUAGUUCCAAAUUGCCCUCCAGAAUGGUUGGAUCAGUUCACAACUCCACCAGCAAUGAAUUAGUGUCCCUACUUUGCCACAUCCCCUCUAGCAUUCAUUACUUUCCACUGCUGUCAUGUUAGCCAAUCUGCUAGGUGUGAGGUGAUACCUCAGAGUUGUUUUGAUUUGCAUCUCUCUGAUUAUAAGAGAUGUAGAGCACUUUUUCAUGUGCUUAUUAAUAGUUUUAAUUUCUUUGGCUGAGAACUGCCUGUUCAUGUCCCUUGCCCAUUUGUCAAUUGGAGAAUGGCUUGAUUUUUUGUACAAUUGAUUUAUUCUUUAUAAAUUUGAGUAAUUAAACCUUUGUCAGAGGUUUUUAUGAAGAUUGUUUCCCAAUGUGUUGCUACCCUUCUGAUUUUGGUUACAUUGGUUUUGUUUGUACAAAAACUUUUUAAUUUGAUGUAAUCCAGAUUAUUUAUUUUGCAUUUUGUAACUCUUUCUAAUUCUUGCUUGGUUUUGAAGUAUUUUCCUUCCCAAAGGUUUGACAUGUGUACUAUUCUGUGUUCGCCUAAUUUUCUUAUAGUUUCCUUCUUUAUGUUCAAGUCAUUCACCCAUUUUGAAUUCAUCUUGGUGUAGGGUGUGAGGUGUUGAUCUAAGCCUAAUCUUUCCCACACUGUCCUCCAAUUUUCCCAGCAGUUUUUAUGAAAUAGUGGAUUUUUGUCCCCAAAGCUGGGAUCUUUGGGUUUGUCAUAUACUGUCUUGCCGAGGUUGUUUGCCCCCAGUCUAUUCCACUGAUUCUCCUUUCUGUCUCUUAGCCAGUACCAAAUUGUUUUGAUGACCACUGCUUUGUAAUAUAGUCUGAGAUCUGGGACUGCAAGACCCCCUUCCUUUGUAUUUUUUUCAUUAUUUCCCUGGAUAUUGUAAAAAAUAGACUUGAAUACAGGACUACAAUCCCCACGAACCUUUGCUCCACUUCCCCAGAAUGCCUUGUAAUCUCAUCUGGGCCGAGAUCGAGAAGGUAUUUAAGCUGAUUCAAAGGCUUUUGAGGGGCUCUUGGCUCUUUUUGGACUUCCGUUUUGGAGCAGGCUGGUCUCUUGCGUGAUGUGAGGUUAUUUUUCUAGGCCUCUGGCCUAGGCACAUGUUUCUUACUUGUAUAUUCUUUAAUCUUUAACCUUUAAUAAACCUCUAAAAAAUAUAAUACUCCUUGCAGAGAGAAACUAAUUUCUACCUGCCUCAGAUGCCUCAGUCUCCCCGACUCACCUAAAUUUUAAUCUUUACAGUUAUGGCGACCACUAGAUUGGAUGAGAACUUCUCAAAAAUUUUUAGCCUAGAUAAUGAUUUUUUUUAAGCCAGUUUCUCCAAGAUGCCUUUUUUAGAAAACCAUCUUGAUCAGCUCCUGCCUGUGGCCUUCUCCUGCUUCUGCUCCUGGCCUCUCACCUGGUGCCCCAGCUCCACUUGUCUGCGCUCCAGCUCCCCGCCCGACCCACCCCGGCGGUCUGUCUCACCCAUCUGGCCUCAGACCCAGCCGGCUCAUCCCCCAGAUCCUUGGAGCAGAUUGCUGAGGACUCAUUCCGACCAGCUGGUAACAGUAUUGGCCACGUGGGUGGAGAGACAGAGAGGGAAAGGAGAAUGGGUAAUUUUCCUUUAGGCUAAGCCUCCACGUGGAUGGGGGUAUUGGCCACUGGGGGGAUCAUAUCAGGGGAGAGAUAAAAAGGAGAGGAGAAGAAACAGAUUUUUUCAAACAGAAACUUAAAAAGCAAUGGGCUGUUUAAAAGGAUUUUUGACUGUUCUGGUAAUUUCAUUGAUUCUACCUGCUUGUCAGGGAGCAGACUCAGCCCAAAGAUUCAACUUUAACUUUGGGGAGGAAAAUGGGUGGCUCAGCGACCUGAUUGCCAGACAUAAAGACAUUCGGUCCUGGGUUAAAAUCUGGCCUCAGAUACUUCCUAGCUAUGGGGCCCUGGACGGGUCCCUUGAAACCCAUUGCCUAGCCCUUACUACUCUGCCUUCAGACAAUAGACAUUUAAAUGGAUAAGAACCCAAGGAACUUUGAAGAGACUAAAGGCUAUAUUCUAAGGCAUUUCAGACUCCAAUGGUUUAUAAAAAUCUCUGUAUUCUAUUGCAUUUUUUGUUUAAGGUUUAACUUUGUGAUUUUAAGUUCAUAUAUUACUGGAUUCAAUAUUAUUCUGCUUGAACUGAAGGUUGAUUGAAUUUAAUUUGAAUGUACUGAGUUGUGAAAUUCUGUUGUUUUCCCCCUAUAACUGUGUUGAACAAAUAUUAUUGUGAAUAAGCUCAUACAUGAAAAAAACAGCUUUUUUCUAUUUUGCUUAGGAUAGAUGGACUUCAGAACUGGUUAUAAUUGUAUUAACAACCUUUGGAAUUUUAAUGUGCUAAAUACCUCAAAUGAUUUGAUUUUAAGGGUUUUUAAAAUAUGAUUUUUGGAAUUUUUUUUAAACAAUCUGGUUAUUUUUGCCUGCCCCUAACACGAGGUAAGGCCCAUUACAGUAGCUGAAGUGAAAUACAUUUUAUAACCCCCAACCUUCCCACAUGUGAAUGGAAGUUGGGCAAUUAAUCUCAGGGCAUUUGUAUCCCUAUAAGCCUCCAAGAAAAAGGAGCACCCCUUUAUUUAUGCUCUUCAGCUCACUAUUUUACUUCUACCAGAAUGAUAUAUAGAUUUCUUGAUUAUGUUCUUAACCCAAGAUGAGUUUUAAUUUGUUUUAAAAACUAUGUUUAAAUACCAAGGUUGAAGAAUUGCUAUGUUUGUAAAAAUUGUGACAAAUAUCCAUCAAUUCAUAGGUUUUAAAAAUGUCAUACAGCAACUUAUGUGAAAUAUGAAAGUGUGUUUGUUUGCUAUUGUAAUUAAUUGGGGUAUUGAGAAUUUUGGGGAUUUUGAUAUCUACAUAUUUAUACUACUGUAUUUUUAAAGAUGAAAAAAUUGUUAACCUUGUUCAAUUCAUUUGCCUUCUACUCACAGUGAUCAUGGCCAGAUACAAAGAGGAAAUGGAUCUCAUUUUUUGGUGAGAAAGCCUUGCAUUUUAUAUUUUCUUAACUGACAUCGAGUGUAAAUGAUUGUAAGCUAUAUUUUUGAAUUUUUUAAAGCUCUUUUAUUAUAUUUUUCUUGCAUGUACAAUAUACUUUUUCAGUUUUUUUCUCUCCUUUUUAUAUUUGAAGCACAUGUCAGCAGUAUUAAGAUUUUCUUUAACCUUUUGAUUUUUAAGUUUAAGAUACAUUUGCUAAUACAUGCCCUAAAAGGCUUGUGACUAAAAAAAUGAUGCCACUAAUUAUUUAAAUAAAUUAUGGGACCUUGCUUAAUGAUUCUGAUUCCAGGACAAGAGAUACACACAAGAGCCAUUUCAUAGGGCCAAAGAAAGGCCAAUCUAGGAUGGAUUGAUGCACUUCUAGGCCAAUACAAAGGUCUUGAACCUAGUGUGAAGACUCGAGGUUACUAUGUUUAACAUGUGUUAAGACAUAGGCUUUCCUUGUAUCCACACUCACCCUGAGGAUACUCACAGACGAGUGUCCCCAAAACCUUGGCUUCUAUAAUCUGGUCCCUUCCUUUUCUGCCUCUCAUAGUGUGGUACCUUUCUGUAGUCCUGGCAAUGACUGGGUAAAUGCAUCAUUACUUAGAUCAUUUUGAUGGCCUUGAUUGAAGGACCUGUUAUAGAUUUAUACUUGAAAUUUUUACAUAUAAGACUUUGAUAGUCUAUAUUUUCAUCCAGAAAUUUUUCUUUCCUUUUGAUUUUUCUGAUGUCUUUUUAAUAUCUCUUGCCAAUUGAUUCAUAUACCUCAUACCUCAGCCAUGCAUCCCUAAGUGAUCCCCCUUUUUUUUAUAUCACCCUCUUAACGGGGGGAAUGUAAAAAAAAAUCAUUAUUUAAAUUGCAAGGUUUAAAUUCCUUUUGAGAAGAAUUUUAGGUAAAGAAGAUGCUACUUCCCUGAAUUCAGAAACUGAACUGUUGGAGAAGCCAUCAUGAAGAAGCCUCCAGACCACAAACUGCACAAAAAUGAACUUUGGGUGUGGUUAAUGAACAUUUAUUUGCAUGCAUGCUUUCAUGCCAAAGGGAACUGCCCCCUAACUGGCUUUCUGUCAAUGCGUCCAGUAAUUAUUGGUUUUAUUCUUUUCUUUCUCUUAUCCUCAAAUUAUUGUAAUCUUUAAAUUGAUUAUGUUCUCAUGAUCCUUUGGAAAAAAAUUAAUUUUUUUUGCAAACGAUCAUAGGGGGAAAUGUAAAAAAUAGACUCGAAUACAGGACUACAAUCCCCACGAGCCUUUGCUCCACUUCCCCAGAAUGCCUUGUAAUCUCACCUGGGCCGAGAUCGAGAAGGUAUUUAAGCUGAUUCAAAGGCUUUUGAGGGGCUCUCUCUUGGCUCUUUUUGGACUUCUGUUUUGGAGCAGGCUGGUCUCUUGCGUGAUGUGAGGUUAUUUUGUCUAGGCCUCUGGCCUAGGCACAUGUUUCUUACUUGUAUAUUCUUUAAUCUUUAACCUUUAAUAAACCUCUAAAAAAUAUAAUACUCCUUGUAGAGAGAAACUAAUUUCUACCUGUAUCAGAUGCCUCAGUCUCCCCAUCUCACCUAAAUUUUAAUCUUUACAAUAUCCUUGAUCUUUUGUUCUUCCAAAUGAACUUUGUUAUGGUUUUUUCUAAAUCAGUAAAAAAAAUUUUUGGAAGUUCCAUGGGUAUGGCACUAAAUAUAUAGAUGAGUUUGGGUAGGAUGGUCAUUUUUAUUAUAUUGGCUCGUCCUACCCAUGAGCAGUUAAUGUUCUUCCAAUUGUUCAAGUCUAUUUUUAGUUGUGUGGAAAGUGUUUUGUAGUUGUGUUCAUAUAGAUCCUGUGUUUGUCUCGGGAGAUAGAUUCCUAAGUAUUUUAUUUUGUUUAAGGUAAUUUUGAAUGGGAUUUCUCUUUCUAGUUCUUGCUGCUGAGCUGUGUUGGAAUUAUAUAGAAAUGCUGAUGACUUAUUGUAGUCGAGGAUUACCUCCUCUUUUCUUUAUUUGUAUUUGCUUAAGAUAAAGUUGUGGACUUGCUUGUCUUUGCUUCAGACAAAGAUGAGGAUUGACCUUCACCCAUCCUGGGACCAAGGAUGGAACAGUAAACAUGAAGGAUGCAGGAUAACAUUUAUGAAAGGCAAAUUGCGAUUAGGUGGGCGCCUAUCCCCUUAUCUGCCCCUCUUCCCCUUGUUUGUAUUUGUAAUAAACGAAGGAUGUGGGUUAACCUUUGAACACCUGCCUAUCCCUGAACCAAGGUUAGGGUUUCUGGAAUGAAGAAUCAUAAAUUCCUGUGGGUUUUGUCUAAGUAGUCUUUGCCUAUAAAAGUUCUGUGUGAAGCAAAUAAAAUUGGCACUAUUUCUCUCUUUCA